AUGAAUUUGGCCAAACGACAGCAGUGUGCCUGUUUGAUUCAGGAGAUUGGAUCUAGAAUGUCUACAACUCAAGUUGUAAUUAACUCUGCGCUUUGCUAUAUGCAGUAUUUUUAUGAAAGGUUCUCGCCAGAUACAGUGAAACCUAUAUUCACUGCUAUUACAACUUUAUAUAUCGCUAGUAAAACCGAGGAUUAUUCAAGAAAGCUUUCCUUCAUAAUUGGAGCUGCUUAUAACGUGCUGAAAAAGCAACCUCCUGAUCAAACAUCAUCAGUCUUUCACCGUAUUGUUCGAACAAUUCACUCAUUGGAAGGAAUUUUGCUAAUGGUCAUUGGUUUUCGAAAAAUGGAUAUCAAGCAUCCACACAUUAUCCUGAUUGAAAUGUUGCGCAAAAGUGACAUUCCAAAAGAAGUAGCAACAUGUAGUUAUUUUGUCUGCUCCAAUGUUCUCCACUUUACUACACUCUUCUUGCAUCAUUCGCCGGAAGCGAUCGCUGCUGUCAGUCUUUAUGUCUCUGCGAAGUGGCUAAACUUUGACAUAAAAGCAAAGAAUGAAUCUUGGUUCCAUAUAUUCUCCAAAGAUCUUAGAGUCGAAGAAAUUCGGAAGAUGUCUGACGAGUUCAUUUCUACCUUCAAUAGCGUUGAUGCCAAAAUUAAGGACCAAGUGCGAGAAACCUUUAAGAAUACCCUUACUCGUCAGCGUCAACAUGAAGAGCAAAUGCGCGGUCUUAAACGUCCGUGUGAUUCUCAUGUGCCAGUAAGCCUACAGGGCAUUAAUUCUCAGAUAAGUAUGCGCGGCGACAUACAACGCCCUCGUGCUAAAAUUCCACGCCUCAUCCAAUCUCCAAAUUCUCAGCCUCCUGCCCCUUCUCAAAUGCCAAAUCAACACUCUCUUGCCGGAGUUCCCGAUUCUGAUUCCACUAAUUCUUUCAAGCGCGACGGUUGUCGCCAAGCUGAUACUUCCAGCGGUUCGAAUUCGCGCACAUCUAGUAGCUUGAAGACCAAGAUGGAUUUGAUGAACUACUUCUGA